GCACUCUAAAAAAGUUUCUCAAUUUUGACAGUUUUGAGUGACCAUGGAAAUAAAAAAACAUGACAGCGUGCUUUUGAAGACCUGAAGACCUGGAACAUACCUUAUCUCUAGACUGAAGACCAACUUACACCAUCGCUCCUACUGUGAAACCAUGGCCGGCGCGACGGCGGCAACCGCGAUUGGACCGGUAAUUACAAACAGACGCACAACUCCUUCUACAACCACCAGUGAACGGUUCUGUCUACACAAGGUCUCAUGUCUAUCCGGUUUCUCUCCCACUCGCUCUCUCCGGGUUGUCGCUCCCGGACGAGCUCGUCGCGGUGCCAUCAGAUGCACGGCCAACCGUUCUGCCUAUUCGCCUCUGAAAUCCGGUUCGAGUUCCGGUAACCGGCCGCCAACAGAGAUUGCACCGCUUUUUCCCGGUUGCGACUACGAGCACUGGCUCAUAGUCAUGGAUAAACCAGGCGGAGAGGAAGCUACCAAGAAGCAAAUGAUUGAUUGUUACAUUGAAACCUUAGCCAAAGUUGUGGGAAGUGAAGAGGAAGCUAAGAAGAAGAUAUACAAUGUUUCCUGCGAAAGGUACUUCGGAUUUGGUUGCGAGAUUGACGAGGAGACAUCAAAUAAGCUUGAAGGAUUGCCUGGAGUUCUCUUUGUUCUUCCAGAUUCAUAUGUUGACCCUGAAAACAAGGACUAUGGAGCUGAGCUCUUUGUGAAUGGAGAAAUAGUUCAGAGGUCACCUGAAAGACAGAAGAGAGUGGAACCUGUCGCACAGAGAGCUCAAGAUAGGCCCAGAUACAAUGACCGGACUCGUUAUGUUAGGCGCCGUGAGAAUGCACCACAGUAAAAGGCAAAAUUAUUUAGUUUAGGGAAAAUGUAUUCUUGUUCUCAUGUAUGAAACCCUUUCCAGCUAACAUAUUUCAUCAUGAAAAGAUAAUGUAUGCUACUACUUAGUUCUGUGUGUAAAAACAACCCAAACAUGCAUGCAACAACAGUUUAAACCUCCCAUAAUGAUCGUGAGGUCAUUACAAAGUUUAGAUGCAUACCAGUCUGCUUACCCCCAU